GCAAUUUGAAGGCUUAAAGAAAGGAGAUUUAGUAUUUAGUAGAGAUCAAUUGAGCUUAUGACCAUUAUUACCAGCUGAAUCAAUUGGCUUUAACGACGUUUAUUAAAUUCCCAAAGCCAACAAGCGAAUUAUGAAUUCUGAUUAUUUUGGUCUGAUCUGAUCUGAUUUGCUUUUCCGCGUUCGAGAAAAAAAUCCUCGAGAAUUCGUUUAAAAACAACAACAACAACAACAACAACAACGUUUCAUUUGAUCCAAACGGUUAAAAGAGACAAACAAAGAUGGCAAAGACAAAGUCCACCAGCGGCGGUCUUCCAGAAGGUAGAUACUUGAAACCAGAAGAAAUUGAGUAUGAAUUCGGUGGUGUUCCAGGUGUCAUUGGAAUGGUUAUUGGAUUCCCAUUGUUGAUGUAUUAUAUGUGGAUUAGUACUCAGUUCUAUAACGGUGCUCCAGCGCUUCCUGCUAAAGGUGAAUCAUUUGGUGAUUUUGUCAAUCAUUUGUAUCAAUUGUUUUUAGAACAUGGUGUUCCAUCAUGUAGAGCUUGGAGAAUCUUUGGUACUUUUGUUAUUGUUCAAGGUGUUUUCUAUUAUACUUUACCAGGUGUUUGGACUAAAGGUCAACCAUUGAGACAUUUGAAAAACAAACAAUUGCCAUACUUCUGUAAUGCUAUGUGGUCUUUUUACACAAGUGUUGUUCUUUCAUUAGUUUUACAUUUCACUGGUAUUUUCCCAUUAUACACAAUUUUGGAUUUAUUUGGUGAAAUCAUGACUGUUGCAAUUGUUAUUGGAUUUGCUUUUUCAAUUUAUCUAUACUUUUACACCUUAUUUGUUUCAUAUGAUUAUCAUCGUAUGACUGGUAAUCAUUUAUAUGAUUUCUUUUUAGGUGCACCAUUAAACCCAAGAAUUGGUAUUUUAGAUUUGAAAAUGUUCUUUGAAGUUAGAUUACCAUGGUUUAUUUUAUUCUUUUUAACUUUUGCAGCUUCAUUAAGACAAUAUGAACAAUAUGGUUACUUGACUCCACAAAUGGGUACCUUAUUAUUAGCUCAUUGGUUAUAUGCCAAUGCUUGUUCAAAAGGUGAAGAGUUAAUUGUUCCAACUUGGGAUAUGGCUUAUGAAAAAUUUGGUUUCAUGUUGAUCUUUUGGAACAUUGCAGGUGUUCCAUUCACUUAUUGUCAUUGUACUUUAUACUUGUCAUAUCAUGAUCCAAAAGAAUAUGAAUGGUCAACAGGUUACAACGUUUCAUUAGUUGUUGUUUAUUUAAUUGCUUAUUAUUUCUUUGACACCACAAAUGCUCAAAAAAAUUAUUUCAGAAAGCAAUUAACUGGUGAUUUCUCAGUUAGAAAGACUUUCCCAUUCUUGCCAUAUCAAGUUUUGAAAAAUCCAAAAUACAUCACCACUAAAACUGGUUCUCAUUUAUUAACUGAUGGUUGGUAUAAAUUAGCAAGAAAGAUCCAUUACACUGCUGAUUGGACCCAAGCUUUGAUCUGGGGUCUUGCUUGUGGUUUCAACUCACCAUUCCCAUGGUUCUUCCCAGUUUUCUUCUUUAUUGUCUUGGUUCAUAGAGCUUUAAGAGAUCAAAGAAAAUGUGAAAAGAAAUAUGGUGAAGAUUGGGAACGUUACACCAAGGAAUGUCCAUAUUUGUUCAUCCCAUAUGUCUUAUAAGGAGAUGGAAUAUACUUAGGGUUACUCUAGCACCAACUUUAUAUAUUAAAAAUAAAAGUAAAAUAUCUAAUUAUUCAAAAAUUGUGUAUUAUG